AUGUACGGGCCUGGUCUUUCCCAUCUACAUGCAAACAGAGUCAUUCAUCGUGAUAUCAAAGGACAAAAUGUUCUUCUCACUGAUAACGCUGAGGUCAAAUUGGUGGACUUUGGGGUAAGUGCUCAGCUUGACAAAACCUUCGGUAAACGGAACACCUUCAUCGGGACUCCGUACUGGAUGGCUCCUGAAGUAAUUAACUGUGAACAAAACUCGAGCUGCACUUAUGAUGCUCGGUCCGACCUCUGGUCUCUUGGAAUUACUGCAAUCGAAAUGGCUGAGGGUCGACCCCCAUUGUGCGAGAUGCAUCCAAUGCGGGCCCUUUUCCUCAUCACAAGAAACCCUCCUCCUCGUCUUAAGCACGGUCCUCGCGGGGGUGGUGCUGGUGGAAUAGGUGGACGUGGUGGUGGGGGUGGAGGAGGUCGAAACGGUCAACCCUGGGUCCAGUGGUCUGAGAGGUUCGACGACUUUGUCAAUAAGUGCCUUACAAAAGACUUUAUUCGAAGGCCUAAUACUCUAGAGCUGUUGAAGCACGAGUUCAUCGCUGGUUUGCCCAACGAGCGCCUCGUCAGGAUUCAGCUACAGGAACACAUCGACGUGCACAAGCGUAACCGUCGGGGUAAAUCUAGUUUAUCUUGUUUUAUCGCCUAUAUGCACGCCAUGUCAUGUAUGCUCGUAUCCGUCACUAUGGUUUUAAACGAUGUCAUCACAUGGAUGUUUUAA